AUGAACUUGCUGUCAUCAACGCUCAAAGGACUCCCACCCAGCCCAGGACCCCAGUCAUUGGAAGAAUCCUCCAUUGGCCAUGUGCAUCCCAAGUCUCGACUCGGAGACCGUGACAAUGGUAUCGACAAGGGUCGAAACGAGGAUGCAGCGCCUCGAAUGGGGCCAGUAAGAACGACACAGCGAUCACGACCAAUAUCGGUUCCGAUGUUGGCUUGCUCCAAAAUACACUGCAGGCGUCUUCUGGAAGGCUUCUUCGAUAUCCUCCCUUACACGUCAAGAUUCCAUAUCUUAAGCCCCGAUGUGUCAACCUCUGAGAUAGACUUCAUGGCUCCCGCUUCCUUGGAGACGGGAGGGAAAGCGGCACAGUCCCUACUUGCCGUCCAUCCAAGCACGAUAAUGGACAGCCUGAGCAGGUUCGAGAUUGUACCUAUUGUGGAAAGCCGGGGAAAUGGAAGCGCCUCUUUAGGCAAGGCCUCAACCUGUUAA